GUUGGAAUUCAUUCGGGCGUCGUGGUCACAACUGAGCCCCCGUGCAUGAGGCCAGUAUCUUUGUAUGAGUAUUACUCUCUCUGUGUGUGUGUUUGUGUGUGUACGUAUAUCUGUGCCUGUGUGUAGUUUAUGGGCACAAGGCGGCUAAUACUAGCGAAUGGAAAAGAAAAGAAAAAAAUAAGGCCAGCUGCUCGAGCGACUAAAGCGUUCAAACAAAUGGCCAAAAAGUUCUUCAUGCUUUGAGGCGCGUCUGACUGCCGGUACCGUUACCAUUACCGUUUCUUUUGCCGUUACCGUUAGCUUUUUCGUAACAAAGCCGCGUCACCACAGCAUCCGCCUGCUGCUGGCUCGCGCCGUCUUCGCGCUGGCGUCUAAAAGUAUGCAGGCAAUGGCAUUGUCCACCCCCGCCUGAGCACUUUACACACACUCGGCCAGCCCACUUUCCGGUCAUUGACGUUUGCAUUUAAUUAAAGCAAUUGCAUGCCACAUCGAGUGUGCUGCUUCCCUGUGCCUCGCAUGCAACUUUAAUCGCUGCCCAGACAACAACUCAGCACGCCAAAGGCAACCAACCCGAAACGCGAACGGAGCAACAGCCAAAGCACGUGUUGGCCAAGAACGCGCACAUGGCUACAGAUUGUUUUAUAGUUGACUUCUAAGGAUAUUCACUACCUGAUUGAAAAUUGAAAAUAUUAGAAUAUAAUAAUCACAAUAAAAAUCCAUAAGAAAAUGCAACGCAAUAAAAGAUAAUUUCGGAAAAAUUUGAAAACGGUUUCAUAAUACAAAACGUUGCUCAAAUAUGUUUGCACGUGUGUGUGUGUUUGUGUGCAAAAGUGCGAAUAUUUGUCUGAAUGAUAAUAAUAACUGAAGCACAAGAAAAAAUAAAAAUAAUAUAAAUAAGGAUACGCGAUACGACUUGAAAUAAAAGGAUUGUUAUCGCUGCGACCGGACAUUGAUAAAAUCAAGAACAACAACCAGCCUUAGAUCUGUGGACUAUUAUCGAAAGGCAGCAACAAGAGCAACAAGAGCAACAACAACGUCGUCUGACAGCUGCCAUAAAAGAAAAGCACUGGCGUCAGCAAUGGCCAUCAGGGCCAGAAGCCAGAUCCUUUCAUAUGCGUUCGCCUGGAGGAAGCAUUAACACAAGUUCCGAGAAAGAUAUUGAAAAAUGAGUACUAUGCACUUGAAAUCAGACAAUCAAGGCCACGCCUGUCAAGAAGUCGACUAUAGAUAGUGUAUUCCACACGGAAGCUUUGACAACACAAUUCCACGAUAUUCAAGUUCGUUAAGGAGAAUCGAGACUCGCAGAUCAUGUGGAAUUGCCCUCGGUCAAUGCUGCAGCUGCGCCUGUUGCGCUUGAUGCUGCUAUUAUCGGUUGCAUCAGUUGGCUGGUUUGAUCACGCUACAGCCUCCACGCAUGAUGUCUACAACGGAGCGCGACCGGGACAUCGGAUCGUGCAGACCCGAUAUGGACGCUUACAUGGAAUGAUUCUGCCGUUGGACAACUUUCGCUAUCUACGAUCAGUGGAAGUGUUCUUGGGCGUGCCCUAUGCCACGCCUCCGAUCAAACAAAACCGCUUCAGUCCAACUCGUGCUCCAGCACCGUGGGACGGAAUACGUAUCUCUGAUAAAUACAGUCCCGUUUGCCCGCAACGGUUGCCCAAUAUACAAAAUGAGACCGCCGCCUUGGAGAAGAUGCCAAAGGGACGCCUGGAGUACCUGAAAAGGUUGCUGCCAUUUUUAGAAAAUCAAUCCGAAGAUUGCCUAUACCUCAAUAUAUUUUCGCCUGUUAAUGCAGCUGGCGCCAAUGAGAAGAAGCUGCCCGUAAUUGUAUUCAUACACGGCGAGUCAUUCGAGUGGAGCAGUGGGAAUCCCUACGAUGGCAGCGUGCUGGCCAGCUAUGGCGAAGUGGUGGUCGUGACGCUUAAUUACCGACUCGGAAUACUGGGCUUUCUCAAUGCGAAUCCCAGUCCGCAUGUUCAUGCACGUGUUGCUAAUUAUGGGCUCAUGGACCAGAUGGCAGCGCUCCAUUGGAUUCAGCAGAAUAUACAAAAGUUUGGCGGCGAUCCCAACGUUGUUACCCUAGCAGGCCACGGAACGGGCGCCGCCUGCAUCAAUUAUCUGAUGACCUCGCCCACAAUGGUGCGCGGACUCUUUCAUCGCGCCAUACUGAUGUCUGGAUCGGCGUACUCAUCGUGGGCUCUCGUCGAGGAUCCAGUCCUGUUCGCCAUUAAGCUGGCUAAGGAGGUUAACUGCACCAUUCCCGAGGACUUGAACAGGCAUCACGAGCAAAUUGUCGACUGCCUUCGGGAUGUGCCACUGGAGGACUUAUAUGCCGCCGAUAUACAGGCACCCAACUUCCUAACAUCGUUUGGCCCAUCCGUUGAUGGCGUUGUCAUACGACCCGGACAUUCCAAUCUCGAUAUUGAUGAUUUAAUGACGCGCAACUCGAAGCGCUCUGCAGGCGAUGCUGGCGCCCAGUCAGCCGGUGGCAAUGGCGGCGGAUCCGGCACUGGUGGCUCCGCUUUCAGCGGUGGCUCUGGCUACUUUGGAGGAGGCGCGGCCACGGCCAACAUUGGUGGCCAUUAUGAUGUGCUCUUCGGCGUUGUUACGGGCGAGUCCAUUUGGCGCUUCAGCGCUCACGACAUACAGAAUGGCUUCGAGGGCGAGAGACGAGAUAAAAUUAUACGCACUUAUGUGCGCAACGCUUACAACUACCAUCUCAAUGAGAUAUUCUAUACGAUUGUCAACGAGUACACGGACUGGGAUCGCACUUCACAGCAUCCGAUUAACACGCGCGAUACGGCUGUCGCCGCGUUAUCCGAUGCCCAGUUCGUGGCGCCCAUAGUGCGCACUGGGGACAUAUUGGCGGCCAAUUCGCCGCCGCCGGUGAGCUCGGCGACGCCCAGUGGAGCGGCGAGUGCCGCCGCCUCGACCUUGGCGGCGUCUACGCAGCCCGCGGGUCGCUGCUACUUCUAUGUGUUCGACUAUCAGACCAAGGAUGGGGACUAUCCCCAGCGCAUGGGCACGGUGCAUGGCGAGGACUUGCCUUACAUAUUUGGCGCACCGCUCGUCGAUGGCUUCAGCCACUUUCCGCAAAACUACACCAAGUCGGAGACGGCGCUGUCAGAGGCCGUCAUGAUAUACUGGACGAAUUUUGCGCGCACCGGCAACCCGAACGAACAUCAUCGCCAGGACUCUGUGCUGCCCGUCUCAAAGGAACGCAAUCGCUUUCGCAGCAUCACUUGGGAGAAUUAUGAUCCAUUGCAUCAAAAGUAUUUGGAAAUUGGCAUGAAGCCGCGCAUUAAGAAUCACUUUCGGGCUCACCAACUCUCGAUUUGGCUGCGCCUGAUACCCGAACUACAUCGUGCUGGCAUGGAGGAUGUGAUAGCCCGGCACAAUCUGUUUCGCAAUCACGACGAUAUGGAAUUGUACGAGGGACCCGUUAAGCCAGAUCCAUUUGGUCUCUCAGCAGGCACAGCAACAUCAUCGUCUUCAUCUGGCUCCUCAUCGUCCUCCUCGUCGCGCCUGCUGCUUAUCGAUGAGCAAUUGAUGAUGAAGAAGGGACGCGGCCUAAAUGGCUCGACCUAUCUGAAUGGCAUAUUGGGGGUUACGACCGUAGAACCGAACAAUAUGUACACAACGUGUAUACCAAUUGGCGGCAACUACACGGGCACAGGAGGCGGCGUAUAUGCACCGACAACACUUGCGAACGCCUCAACGGAGACCGUGGCAUCCGGCUUCGAGGCAGCCGGGUAUGCGGCGUAUUCGACGGCGCUGAGCGUAACGAUUGCCAUCGGAUGCAGCCUGCUCAUAUUGAAUGUGCUGAUAUUUGCGGGCGUGUACUACCAGCGCGACAAGACGCGGCUGGAGGUGAAGACGCUGCAGAAGCAGUAUCAACAGCGCAGCAUGCAUCAGCAGGUACCAUAUCCGCCGGAGCCCAUCAAGCAUGCCCACUAUCACAUGGGCCACUCGCAGAGCGCCAAUGUGAUUGUGGAUGUCGAGAGCCAUGGCCAGGAUCAGAGUGGCCAGGCCGCCAUGCUGCUGCAGGCAGCCGCCGCUGCCGCCGCAGCAGCCAACGAGGCAUCCAAGCCACCGCCGCCGCAUAUAUGCGCCAACACGGGCUUGCAAACACAGCAGCAGCAGCAACAGCAGCAACAACAACAACAACAGCAAGCACAACAGGCAGGCGGCAGUGGAAGCAUGCUGAAUAAUAUGGCCAUGGAUGGCGCUAAGCCCUCGGAUAACUUGGCCAAUGUCACCUACAGCACCAGCACCAAACAGCAACAGCAACAUCAGCAGCAGCAACAGCAACAACAGCGCGAGCAUAUGCAAAUCAAGAGCAUGGGUGGUGGUGGGGGCACCCAGACCUUUGGACGCGGCAGCGGCUCAGGCGGUGGUGCUGGCGGUGCGGCUGGCAACAACAGCAAUGUGACUGGCACAGCGGUGGGUGUCGGUGUCGGUGGUGGCGCCUCUGUUGUUGUGUCAGGCAGCAGCGUUAGCUACAAUCCCGGCCUAAUGACUUUGCCCAAGGCAAGCCAAUUGCACCAUUCCGGAGCUCUGAAUUAUGCACGCAACAACACAGCCGCCUUAAAUUUGGCAGGUGGCGGCACCGCCCUGGUGGACAGCCGCGGCAAUGUCCUCCUCACUUCCAGCCCUGGUGGCGCCACUACCGACUGCAUGACACUGCCACGCAAUCUCAAUCGACACAAUCCAACUACAGAACUACAACAAUAUCAACAGCAGCAACAACAGCAGCAGCAACAGCAGCAGGUUGGUAAACAUCAGCCGAACGGGGCGGUGCUGACGGGCAUGCAGCCCCACUAUAUACGUGGUCCACGCCCACCGAUGCGUACUGCCUCCUCAUCGACAACGACCACCACCAACAGCAGCAUCAACUCUGUCAUGGGUUCAACCGGGCCCGGUGGCAAUAUGCUGCUCGAUCAGACGCCAUCGGGCGGCAGCAGCAGCAGCGGAGUCAGCAGUGCGCCCAGCUCCUCCAAGGGACACAUACACGCCCACUCGCACGGUCACAUGUCGAGCGCCCACGGCGAGAGCUUAGCCAUGAGCUCCACAUUGUCGGCGUCCCAGCAACAACAGCAGCAGCAGCAGCAAGUGCCACAGGCAGCCAUCGACGAGAUGCGCGUCUGAUAGGUGUCGGUCUUUGAGUUGGACUUAUAGUCAUCAACGGGGUCCAUAGAGACUUUACGUGUCGAAACGCCUGAGGAGUUCUAUGCCCUCAAAGAGGCGCAAAAACUGAACGGCCCCGAUGACAGCCAAC